UAAGAUCCUGGCCCUGUCAAGAGUGUGCCAGGAAUAGCUGAGAUCAAUCACUUACAGCAGCUGAAGUACCCUGGCACAUACUAAACACUCAAUUAAGCAAAUCAUGAUUACUGUUGUUCCUUUGCCAGAGAAGCUUCUGCUGAAAUCCCUCUCUAGGGGGAAUCCUCAUGCCCUAAAUGACCCCUCCUUCCCGGCCCCGUAACUCCGGAGGAUGCCCCUGCAGGUAGGCCCAGUCUCCUGACACCACCACCCCCCAACCGAGUCAGGAAUAGAAACCGCCGCCUCCAGCCGCCAGCGGCCUCACUCCCUCCUCCGGCAGCGAUCGAUGCGGCCUUCAGCCGCGGGGGACUAGGCAAGGAAGAAGGAAGGAGAGGGCAGCGGGGCCGCCUGCAGUAGGAGGCUCUGCGGGGCCGGCGGGACAGCAGCGAGACCGAGUAUAGCCAGCGGCCCCCAGACUCGGUGACUUUGGGACAGACACAGGAGGCGCCCGGGAGGUGCCACGACAGGUAAUGCUGAUGCUGCUGGUCCGGGGAACACACUAUGAGAGCCUCCGGUCUAAAGUGGUGCUCCCAACACCCCUAGGAGGGAGGGGCACUGAAGCCUUGGUGAGCGAGUGCCCGAGCCCUGACACCGGGAUCCGCUGGCGACAAAGCGACGAAGCGCUGCGCGUGAACGUGGGUGGCGUGCGGCGGCUGCUGAGCGCGCGAGCCCUGGCGCGCUUCCCGGGCACGCGGCUGGGCCGCCUGCAGGCCGCGGCGUCGGAGGAGCAGGCGCGGCGCCUGUGCGACGACUACGACGCGGCGGCGCGCGAAUUCUACUUCGACCGGCACCCGGGCUUCUUCCUGGGCCUGCUGCACUUCUACCGCACCGGCCACUUGCACGUGCUCGACGAGCUGUGCGUCUUCGCCUUUGGCCAGGAGGCCGACUACUGGGGCCUCGGCGAGAACGCGCUGGCCGCGUGCUGCCGCGCGCGCUACCUGGAGAGGCGGCUGACCCAGCCGUGCGCCUGGGACGAGGACAGCGACACGCCGAGCAGCGUGGACCCAUGCCCCGACGAGAUCUCCGACGUGCAGCGAGAGCUGGCGCGCUAUGGCGCGGCGCGCUGUGGCCGCCUGCGCCGCCGCCUCUGGCUGACCAUGGAGAACCCGGGCUACUCGCUGCCGAGCAAGCUCUUCAGCUGCGUCUCCAUCAGCGUGGUGCUCGCCUCCAUCGCCGCCAUGUGCAUCCACAGCCUGCCCGAGUACCAGGCCCGCGAGGCGGCGGCCGCCGUGGCUGCGGUGGCCGCGGGCCGCAGCCCGGAAGGCGUGCGCGACGACCCAGUGCUGCGACGCCUCGAGUACUUCUGCAUCGCCUGGUUCAGCUUUGAGGUGUCGUCGCGCCUCCUGCUGGCGCCCAGUACGCGCAACUUCUUCUGCCACCCGCUCAACCUCAUCGACAUUGUGUCUGUGCUGCCCUUCUAUCUCACGCUGCUGGCUGGUGUGGCACUGGGCGACCAGGGCGGCACGGGCGGCAAGGAGCUCGGCCACCUGGGCAAGGUGGUGCAGGUGUUCCGCCUCAUGCGCAUCUUCCGCGUACUCAAGUUGGCGCGCCACUCCACCGGGCUGCGCUCGCUGGGAGCCACACUCAAGCACAGCUACCGUGAGGUGGGCAUCUUGCUGCUGUACCUGGCCGUGGGUGUGUCAGUGUUCUCUGGUGUGGCCUACACAGCUGAAAAGGAGGAGGACGUGGGCUUUAACACCAUCCCAGCCUGCUGGUGGUGGGGCACAGUGAGCAUGACCACCGUGGGCUAUGGGGAUGUGGUGCCAGUGACGGUGGCUGGCAAGCUGGCAGCCUCAGGCUGCAUCCUAGGGGGCAUCCUGGUGGUAGCGCUCCCCAUCACCAUCAUCUUCAACAAGUUCUCCCACUUCUACCGGCGCCAGAAGGCUCUGGAGGCAGCCGUGCGCAACAGCAACCACCAGGAGUUUGAGGACUUGCUGAGCAGCGUUGAUGGGGUGUCGGAGGCAUCUCUGGAGACAUCCCGAGAAACCUCUCAGGAGGGACGGUCUGCAGAUCUAGAGACCCAGGCCCCCAGUGAGCCUCCACACCCUCAGAUGUAUUAAAACCAGGGAUCCGUGACCCCCUGCCAUGCCCCUACAGUCAGCUGAGACAGCCGAGAUUCCUCCCCUGCUAAAGUUCUUCAUGGUAGUGAGCCUCUCAAGAUCAUUCAUGCUGUCCUGAGAAAUGAGAUUCAAAAGCUGCAUUCCUUCCUCCAUUCCUUCCUCCAAAGGUCCAGGGCAGGACAGUGCUAUCCUAGAUUCUGUGAGAUUCUGCGAGCAACUCAGAAAGCUUUAUAAACCUUCCUCCAAGCCAUUCAUGAAGCAGGCAUGAGCCAGAGGGAGGAAGUUGAAAGGAUGCUAAUGAUUCCUGAGCACCUCCUGUACAUGAGCCAGGUCAUGUUUGGCCCUGUGUUGGAGAAAGAUAAUUAUCGCCAUUUCACAGAUGAGGAAACCGAGGCUAACAGAUGAGCAAUGCCUCUCCCAGAUGUCACAAUUAGAAGUGGCAGAGUCAGGUUUGGAAUCUGGGCUUGUCGGUGGGCCUGGAGCAAUGAUCCGUCAACUCCAUCUUUCUUCUGCCCUCAUGAAGUUUGCAUGUGGGUUUUGGGGAUUCAUGGAUCCCCAGAGUUGAUCCACAAGGUCAGAAAUCCCUUUCAGAGCCAGAGAAAGGUCCAGACAGGAGAUUUGGAUAUAGGAGCUCUGGAUCUCAGCUGUGGUUCCUUUCUAGGAGCAUCCAACAGGAGUCAGCUCUCAAAGAUGAGUCCUGGAGGGAAGGAGGAUGAGUCCUGGGAGGAAGUACAAUAGCAUUGUACUUGCCUCUUUAGCUGGUAUGCAAGAUUUGCUAAGCAAUAAUCUUCCAGUCUUCCUCCCAGGGAUGAUGUGAGAGAAAGAAACUCUGAAGGGGCCCUGGCCUGAGGCCUAGGCGACCUAGCUGCACCAAGACCUGCUGUGAAAAGUGGUCCAAUCCCUGCCCCCAAGUCCAGAUUCCAGCCUCUCCGUCAAACGGUCAGAAUCUAUGACCCAGAGGGCAAUGAAAGCCAAGUAGCGCAGAGGGGUCUCUUAACUUAAAGCCGGCUCAGCUCUGAAAUGUUGUUGGCAGAGGGCUGACAUAUAUGAAUACUGGCUUCCCAGACCCUCCCCCCGCAGCCUGACCUUGGCAGUUCCUUUCUGCCCGUCACACAAACGUCCACAAACGUCCAGCCUACCUUGUCCAGCCCUACCUAGAGUACCCAUCCAGGCCCAUGUGUGAGAGUCUUGUCCCUUCUGGCCAGCUCCAGCCCCGUCAUCCUUGUUGGGGGCAUAUCUCUCAUACCCAUCUGCCGAAUCUUCUCUCCACUUGCUGAGAAACUCAGAGGAGGGGGUCCAGUAGCCCUUUCCACAUACUGUGGCUACAGCACCCAGCACUGUGCUAUUGUUGUCUGACUGUGGCUGUCUCUGUCCCAUCACCCUGAGCCUCAAGAUGGAAGACACUGUCUGGUUGAACUCUGGGCUUGGUGCAGAGCAGGUGUUUGGUAAAUGUUGAAUAGAUAAUUCCUACAGCCCACUGGGUGCCAAGCACAGAGGGGGAAAAAAGAUAGCCAGAGAGAGACCUGGCCCUCAAAAAGGUGUGAACAAGACUGAAAAGGAGGUCCGUUCAGCUCUGCCUGCCCCGUCCCUGCUUGGUUCUUGAAAUUUUUACAGUAUCUUCCUUGUAGGUUCUUUACUUGCUUACUCAACAAAUACUCGUUGGAAGAGUCUUAAACUGGGGCUUCAUGUGUGGCCUGCAGUCAUGUUUUGGCUUAGUCCAACAGUACUUUUAUUAUAUUUUAAGAAUUUGAAUGCCUUUGCGUGAGGCAUGCGCUCUCAGGUUCCCCAUAGUGUCUCCCCCGCUGCCACCCACAGACAGACGCACACGCUGUUGUUAUGCCCAGCCACUCUGAUUUACUGGCUUCUGACUUGUGGACUGCUUACUAGUCUCAAGAGAUACAGUGGUGGAAAAAUAUAUCCCUAUACUCAUGAAGCUUACUGACUAGUAGGGAAGAUAGACUCUAAUGCAAUAAUCACACAAAUAUAUCAUAGUGAGCUCUACUAAGUACGGGUGUGUAUGAUGUAUCAGGGACCAUGGCCUGAGAAAGUGAGAAGGCUUUCCUGAGCAAGUGACAAUCUAACCUGCCAUCCAAAUGAUAAAUUGCUAAUUAAGCAAAUGGGGUUCCAGGGGGGAGUACUCCAAGCAGAGAGAAUGGCACGUGUGUGUCAUACACAGGGUCUAGUACAUAGUUGGCCCCCUACAUAUGAAUGGAUUCUGGGUCUCCAGAUUGGAACAGAGGAUGGAGCUAAGCAGGAAAGGGCUUCUCAUGAAUUCACCACACACAUACCAGCCCUUCUGCACACUCUGCUCCUUACAUCAAGGCCCAGCUGAACCCAGCUUAGGGGCAGAUCAGAAGGGCUGCAUGUACCACCCUUAUGGUCUUGCCGAACACACCAAGAAACCCGAUGGCUUCCAAAUUUUCUGACCCUACGAACAGGUCCCUGAUACUGGUGUGGAGAAAGCUCAAGAGAGAACCAUCUGGCCUGAGCCCACUGUGAGGCUGUUUGUGGUCCUGGCAGAAAAGCAACAACUCGCUCCCCUUCCCAUGUAUCAAUGAAAACCGUUAUGCAAAUAAAGAGCUGGGCCCCAGGACGUG